AUGAUUGGGGGACAUCUGAAGGUCACCAUUGUCGGUGCAGGCUUGGCCGGCACCAUCGCAACACGGGUCUUGCGCGAGUUUCACGAUGUGACGCUCAUAGAGCGCACACCAUCUACCCGCCAGGAAUUCGGUGCCGCCAUCAAUAUGGGUCCGACUGUUACCAGUUGGCUGGAAAGUGUCGGCUUUGAUCGGAAGAAAGCGGGCUCAUUGGUAGCAACUCAGUCGCGAAUGUACAGUGGGAAAAGUGGCGAGGAACUACAGAAGAUCGACAUGGCGCCUUUUGCACAGCAUAAUCCGUCAGAUUGGCUGUUCCAGCAUCGUGCCGACCUAUGGUCCGAAUUCUUUCGCCUAGCUACCGGUCCCGCUGACGAGGUGGCGUUGAAGCACGAAGACGGCAGUGUAAGAUGUAUCUGGAAUGCAGAAGUACUCGACAUCGAUGUGAACAGCGGCGAUGUAACGCUCGCGGACGGACGCGUCAUUCCGAGCGAUCUCGUCAUUGGUGCCGAUGGGAUAAGGUCGGUCGUGCGACACAAGGUGGUUGGUGAGGAAGCCUUUCGCUCUGCACGACCCUCUGGAUCUUCGGCUUUCCGCUUGACUAUACCCGCGGAGAUUGUCCCAAAAGCAUCGGCAGACAAAUUCUUAAACCGCGAAGCACCGGUGAGCCUGGAAGUGUUCCUAUCACUUGAUUCUUCAAAUCGUUCCGUCGUUAUGUAUCCAUGCCGGGACUUUCAGCUGUUGAAUAUGGCGUGCAUUGCUCCAGACAACGUCAUUGGCGUAGAAACGGAGGAGUCUUGGUUCGCGAAGGGUCGCAAGACAGAUCUCGACAGAUGCUUUGAGGACUUCUGUCCGGAGAUUAAGAGUCUGCUUGGGGUGGCAUGUGACGACACGGUAAACCUAUGGCAGCUAAGAGACCAAGACCCGCUACCCACGUACAUUAACGGGCGAACCGUGCUAAUAGGUGAUGCUGCACAUGCAAUGACACCACAUCAAGGACAAGGUGGGACGCAAGCAGUCGAAGACGCCGCUGCGUUCCAGUUGUUUGCGCAUGCUACUCGGGCAACUGUCCCGACCAUUUUAAAAGAUUUCGAUCGUGUACGGCGUACGAGGGCCAGUCAGAUACAGAACAACACCCGCGAGGCGCACGAGCGGAAGACGCCUGAGAGGCUUUGGAAACAUAGUCUGUAUAACUGGACCUAUCCGGGUAUCAACGAGUGCUUGAGAAGGCUGAACGCGGGCGAAGAAAUGAUUGAUGUGUGA